AGAUAAACAGAUUCUGAGCCCAGAGUGUACAAGACCAAUUACAAUUCGUUAUGCAAAUAAAUAGGCUACAAGAAAGAAAGAAGACCAAUCGGAAUUCAGUAUGUAACAAAAAAAGGUCCAAUACGAAUUCGGCAUGAGGAAUAUUAAUACAGUGUUGCCUUGCGAGUGAACUAAUAAACUGUCAUAAAACAAAACCAAACCAAACAAAAAAUCCCUACAGAAGAAGAGUGAUUUGAAGUCGUAGUCCAGUGUUUUAAUGACCGGUAGAAACUCAAUUUCCCACAGUUCCAGGCGACUUAAGUAGGUCGAAGGUAAACUGUCAUGUCCGCUGUGUUGGUAACUUUAGCAAGUUCCUCAGCUGGUUUACGUUACAGUGAAUGCUGGUGGCAUGCUGCUGAAAGAGAGCAGACUGUGUGUUUGAAACACGGUCAUUUCAUGAGCGACGCAAAUCCCGCGCUGGAUUGCUGUGGAGGCUUGAAUAACGUGGAUUACAGUCAGAUGGACAUGUCCGUGUUGGCAGAGCUGUGGAGGUUAAUAGACCUGUCGGAGCCCCGGUUCUGCGUGGCUGUUAUUGCCAUCAUCUUCAAUCCGUUCUUCUGGAAUGUGGUGGCCAGAUGGGAGCACAGGACCAGAGGUCUGACCCGUCUGUUCGGCGGUCCAUACGUGGCCUGUUAUGCCCUCGCUGGACUCAUCCUGCUCCUCAAUGUUUACCGCAGUCACAGGAACGCCAGUCCCGUCGGAGUGAUCCUGACCGCAGUGGUCGGCUUGUCCUAUAAAGUAGCUAUUGCAUAUGAAGGACCAUUCACUGAGGAGAUCUACCAGCGGAGGAGCCAGCGCUGCAAGCACAAGUAAAGACGCUCAGAUUCCUGAUCCUCUGGGAUGGGAAACUGUGGAUGGAGAUGAUUUCAGAUGUAAACGCCUGCAGACUAUGUCUGAUUAAUCUGUAUAAUAUACUGAUGGUAUAAAGAGAGUUAAAGAGCACAGCUGCAAAUUGCACAUUGAUGUUUAACACUUUUACCGCAAUAUUGAAUGCAAACUGUGAAUGCAAUGACAAUCUUCAGCUGUAGCAAUCCAAUAUCCAGUAUUGGUAAUCUGUAGUUUGCUCACAUAUCAUAACCAUAAAAGAUGUGAUUGUUUUUAUUU